GGGCCAUGAAGGCCCCGUCUGCGGGGGCCAACCGCUCGGAGGUGACCGAGUUCAUCCUGGUGGGUUUCCCGGGCUCGCUGGGGCUCCACGCGUGCCUGCUGGCGCUGUUCCUGCUGGCCUACCUGCUGACUGUCACCGAGAACCUGCUCAUCAUCGCCGUGGUCCGCGCCAGCCCCGCGCUGCACAAGCCCAUGUACGUCUUCCUCAGCAACCUGUCUUUCCUGGAGGUGUGGUACGUCUCCGUCACAGUGCCCAAGAUGCUGGUCAGCCUGGUGGUCCCCGGGUCCCGCCGCAUCUCCUUUGCGGGCUGCAUGGCUCAGCUGUACUUCUUCCUGGCGCUGGCCUGCACCGAGUGCACCCUCCUGGGUGUCAUGGCCUACGACCGUUACGUGGCCAUCUGCAGCCCCCUGCGCUACCCGGCCAUCAUGAGCCCCGGCCUCUGCAGCCUCCUGGCCGCCGGCUCCUGGCUCUCGGGCUUCACCAUCUCUGUGGGGAAGGUCUUCUUCAUCGCGCGGCUGGGCUACUGCGGCCCCAACAUCAUGAACCACUUCUUCUGCGACGUGUCGCCCCUGCUGAACCUGGCGUGCUCCAACGUGGCCCUGGCCGAGCUGGUGGACUUCCUCCUGGCGCUGCUCAUCCUGCUUGGGCCCCUGCUGCUCACCGUCUCCUCCUACACGGCCAUCAUCGGUGCCGUGCUGCGUGUCCCCUCCGCCGCCGGCCGGCACAAGGCCUUCUCCACCUGCGCCGCACACCUGGCCGUGGUGGUCAUCUUCUACUCCGCCUCCCUCUUCAUCUACGCCCGGCCUCGUGCCAUCUACUCCUUUGACCUCCACAAGGUGGUGUCCGUGGUCUACACGGUGCUCACGCCCCUGCUCAACCCCAUCAUCUACUGUUUGCGGAACCGGGAGGUCAAGGAGGCCCUGCACAAGGUGGUGCAGAGGGCAGCCCAGGCCCGGGGCGCCACCUCCUAG